AUGUGCAGUUGUGCUCUCACACUUUAGCUUGCAGUAGUGAAUUUUGUGUAGUGUAGUCAUCAUGAAGGCUCUUAGGGGAAUGGUGAGCGGAGCCGUGAGCGAAAUAUCAUCUUCUCUUACUGGGACUAAACACGUCGCCGUUCGGGAAAAUGUCCUUGCCGUGACUCGUGACUACAUUUCUCAGCCGAGAUUAACAUAUAAAACUGUGGCUGGUGUUAAUGGACCCCUGGUGAUUUUGGAUCAAGUGAAGUUUCCCAGGUAUGCUGAGAUCGUCCAUCUCACUCUUCCUGAUGGCACCAAAAGGAGUGGACAAGUGCUGGAGGUCACCGGCUCCAAAGCUGUGGUUCAGGUGUUUGAAGGAACAUCUGGUAUUGAUGCCAAAAAAACUACGUGCGAAUUUACAGGGGACAUUUUGCGCACACCUGUGUCCGAGGACAUGCUGGGUCGUGUUUUCAAUGGAUCAGGAAAGCCAAUUGAUCGAGGACCUGCGGUGCUGGCAGAGGACUACUUAGACAUUAUGGGGCAGCCAAUUAAUCCUCAGUGUCGUAUUUAUCCUGAGGAAAUGAUCCAAACUGGCAUCUCUGCCAUUGAUGGCAUGAACAGUAUUGCCAGAGGCCAAAAAAUUCCCAUUUUCUCUGCAGCUGGUCUACCCCACAAUGAGAUUGCUGCACAGAUCUGUCGUCAGGCAGGUUUGGUAAAGAAGUCCAAAGAUGUGAUGGAUUACAGUGAGGAUAACUUUGCCAUUGUGUUUGCUGCCAUGGGGGUCAACAUGGAGACUGCAAGAUUUUUUAAGUCAGACUUUGAAGAGAAUGGGUCCAUGGACAACGUGUGCCUCUUUUUAAAUCUGGCCAAUGAUCCCACGAUUGAACGUAUCAUCACCCCUCGCCUUGCACUUACCUCAGCUGAGUUUCUGGCUUACCAGUGUGAGAAACACGUGCUGGUCAUAUUGACUGACAUGAGCUCUUAUGCCGAGGCCUUACGAGAGGUGUCUGCUGCUAGAGAGGAAGUUCCUGGUCGACGUGGUUUUCCAGGUUACAUGUACACCGAUCUGGCUACAAUAUAUGAGAGGGCUGGACGUGUGGAAGGACGCAAUGGAUCCAUCACUCAAAUCCCAAUUCUCACUAUGCCCAAUGAUGAUAUCACUCAUCCUAUUCCUGAUUUAACCGGCUACAUCACUGAAGGUCAAAUUUAUGUGGAUAGACAGCUUCAUAACAGACAGAUUUAUCCUCCUAUCAAUGUACUACCUUCUUUGUCUCGAUUGAUGAAAUCAGCCAUUGGCGAGGGAAUGACACGUAAAGACCACUCGGAUGUCUCUAAUCAGCUUUAUGCUUGCUAUGCUAUUGGGAAAGAUGUGCAGGCAAUGAAGGCUGUGGUUGGAGAAGAAGCACUGACAUCAGAUGACUUGUUGUACUUGGAGUUCUUACAGAAAUUUGAGAAGAAUUUUAUCGCCCAGGGUGCAUAUGAGAACCGGACUGUGUUCGAGACAUUGGACAUUGGAUGGCAGCUCCUGCGAAUCUUCCCCAAGGAGAUGCUCAAGAGGAUUCCUCAGAGCACUCUGGCUGAGUUUUACCCCCGAGACUCCAAACAUUAGUCUUACUUCCUUGUUCAUUCACAUUGUCUCUCAAUCAGCCGUGAAUCUGUCAUCUAUACUUCUAGAUAUUUCUCAGUCUCUGAAAUCAAGUACACUCAGUCUACAUUGGUGGAAUACAAAGCUGUUUUCAUUGCUGUUCUGAGUAUUUGGUUAUUAUGUAAGUGUUGCUAAAUAGUGUGACGCCAAUGUAGUAUGAAUAGUGUCGCUACACUGCUGUGUGGAUGUUUUUUUGGUGUGUGGCUCAGUGUGUCAAACCGUGUGGUAAAGGCCAGACAGAGUUUAGACUUCAGAGCAAGUGAUAUGGCUGCUAGUGUGUAUUACAAAACAACCUGUUUCUUUAUUUCAGAAGUGCUACGAUUAGGGAUUAAUGUAUUGUAUGGAUUUGUACGUAUUACAAUCUUUUCACUGUAUCUUUAAAAGAGAUAAAUUGUUCUAUAAAUGAUGAAAAGUACCCAGAUGUUCAUUAAAAAUGAAUAGAAACUGCAGUGGCCAUAUCAAAUCAAGAGCAUUUGUUUACCAUAGCAAGACGAAAGCCAAACACUGAGCAAUUUAUUUUUGUUCAUUCUUUUCUCACGUUAUUUUAUGGUUUGUAAAAAAAAGUGUGUUGUAUGGUUGUGGUAAUAUAUUUAUUUAUUAUUUAUUUUGGUGCCAUAAAUGUAUGUACUGUGUAAAGUGUGCUAUAUCAAGUUCAUAAAGAAGUGAUUGAUAUCAUAAUGCAUGAAAACUAUUAAAAUAUGUACGUGACCACUUCCUUCAUGAAAUAAAUGUUGAUGUGGUGAAAUUUA